AUGCUUUAUUUAUAUGUCUGUGUACCAAAUGGUUUUAGAAACACGCCAAACGUGAGUAUUGCUAACCGUAUUAGAUUAGUUCAUAUAGCUAAACCAUGCAAGUAUUUUGAUGUAGCUUUUAUAUACAAAAUGGCAAUAUAAACUGUCCUGGAUUUCUUUCUCAAAUUGAGUUUCAUGUUCCUGAUUUUAAAUCAAUUUAUAAUUUCGCGAUAUUUUUUUCGUAAUUUUUAUUCGGUUAGUACUCUGAUAGCACAGGUAGCUGUAUAUCCUGCAAACAAUUGUCUUCUUUAAAUUUUUAAUUUAUUUACAAAUAUUAUAGUUAUUAAUUGUAGUUAAAAUAUAUAUAAUAAAUCUAAUAUAGGAACAAAUAAAAAAAAAAAAUGGUGUAUAUAUUAAAAACUGAUAACCCGUCAGUCAUUAGCUUUGUUUGUUUCAAAAAGUUAGUCUGUAACUAAAGUGUUAAAGCGUCGUACUGCCAUGACUGUGUUUUGAUGAACACUGGUAUUUCAUUUCAAAACCAACGUUUUUGGUGUAAAAUAAUUAUACCUGUGUAAAAUUAGAAUAUAAAUUAAUAAUUGUUUUUAAGUUAUAAACAAAUACAAGCCAUAAAUAAAAGUUUUAAACAAUGAUACUAAAUUUAUAAUAUUCUUCUUUUCAUUAUUAAUGCAACAAUGUAUACAAAUACAAAUUAUAAAUAUAAAUUUGAAUUAUUAUAAUAUAGAGGCAAUUAUUUUACUGGAUUGUAGUAGAGUCCUUACUAAAAUUAUUCUGCAUACCCCGCGAAAAAUUCCUACGCACACCUAUGCAUAUAAGUAGUUUAAGGGGUUGAUCGUUUAUAGAUUAAUGAUAAUGUUUGGUUUUUAUAGGCUGAUUUAAAUGGGAAACCAUAUGACAUCGAAAUCUACAAAGACGAUGAAGGAGACAAUUGGCCGCCGUCAUCGCCACCACCAACCGAUGAAAAACGUCGGCAGAUGAAAGUAGAACAAGCAAAAUACCUAGAAAACUUUAAAUUUCCAUUAUUGCCAACGUCCGAAGAUACGUAUACCAAAAUUGCUAAAAUCGGCCAAGGAACAUUCGGGUAAAUAAUAUCUAUGAAUUGUAAUUUUGUUCAUAAUAAAUACCGGUGUAUCCGUGAUUAUUUACCAAGUGAAAUUUUUACCUUCCCGAUAAAUUAUCUCUAGAUAAAUUUUACCUCCUUGUAAAAUAUUCGGGGGGAGGGGUAUAAAACUAAUAGCAAAAAUCCCUCCCCACAGUAAAAUUUCUCUUAUUAUUUUUUUUUAUAAUUUUCAUUAUCUGUUGUUUCAUUGAAUAUACAUGUAUAACUAUAAUAUGGGCUUUACUUUGUUUAUAAUAUUGGGAUAAUUAUAAUUAUUUUAUUUUAUUUUUAUGUAAAUAACUAGAUGACUAUUCUUAAAAUAGUAAUAUAUUUUAUGAAACUUGUUAAUACUUUAUUAUUUCUCCACACAAACAUUAGGUAUCAUUUAUUUGAUUUAUAUAUUUAUACACAAUCAGUUAUGAAUAAUUUACUGUUAACAAACAAAUUUUUAAUAACAUAAUUAUAUACUUAUUUAUAUAAUUUAUUUAAUUCAACUUAUUUUUCUUAAUAUUAUGUAUAUAGCUUACAAGUUCCAUAAAGGUGUCAAAAGGUUCUUAUAAUAAUUAUAGUAAGGUUUAAUUUGAGAGGUAAAUAAAUAAAUGUAACAUAGUUACCUAUUAAAAAAAAAACCAUCGUGAAAUUAUAACCAAAAAAAUUUUACUAGAGAAUAUUUAUCUCCCUGUAAAAUAUUCAGGGGGAUGGGGGUAAACUAUCACUAGCAAGCAUUUACCCCACCCUCGGUAAAAUCUCACUAGAGAUUCAACUAGAGAAUAUUUACUGGGAAGUGAAAUUUCACCAGGGAAAAUUUACCGCUGGAAGAGGGGUAAAAUUUCACGGGGGUCAAUAAUCCCGAUUAUACCGGAUAAGUAGUUAAGUAUUACCGUAUUUACCGCUUCUUUAAUUAAUUUAUAAGAAAUCAUUAUAACAAAAUUAGGUGUAGUUUUCAAAUAUUUUGAUGUGUUAAUAAGUUCAUAAUCAAUUUAUUUCAUUCAUUCAUUGAUUUCAUAAUAAUUUUUGUUAAGUAUAACUGUAUCAGGUAAUAAGUGUUUUAGGUAUCGAAUACUGAUUAACUGAUUAAGACCAUCAAGAGCCAUUAUAGACACAUUUAUAUGUUAAAUAUGUUACACCCUAUCGGUGAAAUUGCCCAAUUUAUGGAAUAACGUUAUAUUUAAAUUUUUUGAUCAUUUUGUAGUAUUAGAUUUAAUAUAAGGAUGUAUUUGUUUAAAAACUCAAAUUAAGAACAUUAUCUAUACUUGUGCGUUAGUUUUUUUGAUAUUUUAAUUGUUAAACUUGUUACGAAUAUUUUAAAUAUUACAAUUUAAAAAUCAUCGUAUCUUGUAUCUUGCUUAAAAAUUAAAAUAUCGAUAAAAAAGGAACGUAUAAUUAAUAUAAACAAUGUUCUUACCUUUAAGUUUGAUAAUAAGCAAAUAUAUCCUAAUGCUACAACUAACAACACAAAAUUAACAAAAAAUCAUAUAAGGUAAUUUCAUGGAUUGGCAAAUUUCACCGAUGGGGCGUAACAUAUUGUGCAUUCAUGUAAUUUACCUAAUUAUUUCGUUUUCCUCCAGUAAACGUGUAUCACUACUUAAACAAAUGUUUUUUUUUCAUGCGUUCAUUUUAACUAUAUUUGUCCAUUAAUAACUAUUUAAAUAUUUAAUUUAAACAUUUAAACAAAAAUUCUCAUUAUAAUUAUUGUAUAGUAAAUACCUAUAGUAUAGUAUUAUUAUUUUAAAGUUUAUUAAAUUACUUAAAUGCUAAAAUCAUUUUCAGCGAAGUAUACAAAGCAAUUAAAAAACUCACUCAACCUGUGGAACAUGUUGCUAUGAAAAAAAUUCUCAUGGAAAACGAAAAAGACGGAGUAAGUUAAUAUGGUACUUCUUUUCGUGAUUUUUAAUAUAAUCAAGGUUACUUAUAUAAAAAUAAUUAUUCAGUAAAUGUUUUGUGUAAAUGAUCAAUACAUACCUACAUUAUCUACACUAAGUAAUAUGUGUUAAUAACAAUAGUGUUUCUCGACCUGAGGGAUCACCAAUUAAUUAUCACUAAUUAUUUAGGGUUGCCAAAAAUACAAAACAUCGGGUUGCUAUGCAUAAAAUUUAUAUUUAGAAGUAGUUAAACAAAUUAAUAUUCAUUUAAGAAGUCACGACAUGUUGAAAAACAUUAUUCCAACAUAACACGCAAUUCAUAUUAAAUAGAGUAAUGAGUAAUUUUAUAAAUUUUUAGAUUUUACCUGGCUGCUAAUAAAUUAAUUUUACUCUUUUAUUUAAUUUAAUUUAUUUAAACAUUUUUUUUUUAUUUAGGUAAUUGGUUUUAUUCGAAUUUAUACUUAUAUACUCAUAUUAUAGGUACUUAUUUAAUGUGUUUUGGUAUUAGGUACCUACAUAGGAGAAAGCGGGGUAAUUUCGUACAAAAAUUAAAACCAUAUGAUUAAGUUUUAUGAACAUUAAGUUAAGUUAAAAAAAAUUCUUGAUAACGAUAUAUCUAUAUUUACACAGACACUAUUAGUCGUGUAUAGUAACUCAAAAAUAGGCUGAUACUGAGGGCGGAUGCGCCACUGUUGUCGGGAAAGUAGGAUAGAUUAAAUUAUUUAAAUUAUGUUUUUAAAUCACGAUAAACUAUUAUUAAUGAAAAACAAUUUGGAGCAAUUAAGUAUGUAAAAGGAUCGCUAGAAAAAUCAACCUAAUGCUCGUGUUUCUAAUACUUCUAAGUCAUAUUUAUAAUCAAUAUUUUUAUUAAAAUGUUCGUGGUCUUUUAGUAAAAAUUCCUUUUUUACGUAAUGUUUUAUUAAUAAUUAAUUAUAAUAAAAUUUGUUUAAACGAAACUUGGCUACAUAAUAAUGUAGGGGCUUAAUGCGGAACUUGGCUUUACUAACUAUAAUUUUUAUAAAGAUGAUCGUAAUUUAACUUACGGUAAUUUGCAUGAAGGUAGUGUGCCUAUUAAUUGCAGUAAACAAGAAAAUAUGUCACUGUUUUUGUUGGAUUUGAAUAAAUAUUUUUAAAAUUUACAAUCAAUAGUAUAAAAAUAGUAUUAGGCUGUGUUUAUAUACCUACAAUACAUAUCUGAAAUAUACUCUACUAAUUAAAAAUAGGUUUAUUUGACAUGAAAAAUAAUUUUUGUUGCAAAUUAUUAUAAAGGAAUUUGAAAAUAUGUAAUAGAUUAAUACAUUUUUUUUUCUAAUAGAUAUUAGAAACUUUUUUUGAACAUUUGUAAUGAAUAGUCUUUAAUCACUUAGAUUUUAUUUGAUUUAAAUAAAAUUACAAAACAUAUUAAUAACAAAUGACAAUAUCACAUAUUAAAUUUUACAUAGAUAAAUAGAUACAUUUUUAACAUAAUAAUGACACUUUUCAUUAAAUAUAAUAAGUAACGACAAGGAUAAGUCAUUUUUUAACGUAAUAAUAAUAUUAUACAGUAUUAUAUUUGAUUUAUGCAUUUAUUACUGCGUUUUAGGUUAGAUACACUUCUUUUUGUAAUAGGUACUUAACCUAUCUCAAAGUUUUUGCUGUUUAAAUUUUCGUACGUUUUGUUUUAUUAUUUUAACCUUGUCUAUUACGUACUAUUAAGUAUUUGUUUAGAUGUUUUUUGGUUUAUGAAAUAUAAGUUAUGUAUUAUGUUUUAUUAAAAUAUAUGUUAAUGUUUUAUUAUAUCCUUUUAUUCAAGUUUUUUAGCAGAACAUUAAUUAAAAAAAGAAAAUAGUGUUUACUAUACUUAACUAUACUAUAUUCAUUAUAACAGGUACUGAUUUAUAUAUGUAUUGGGAUUUGAGAGUACAUCUGGGAAGGGGUGAUAACAACCACUAUUUUUCGUAUUCAAAAAUUUACUACAAGUUAAGCUAAUGGCCCUAAAAUAAAAUAAAUACAGUUUUACCCAUAUUAGAUGAAAAAAAAUGUAUUGCAGUUUUGAAAAUCUAAAUUUUUCUAUGUACCUACAUGUGAAAUAUAUUUUUAAGUACUUCAAUUAAAUAUUUUAAUUGGGAAUAUUUGUAAUACAACUGUACAAUUGAAUUUAAUUCAUUUUUAACUUUAUAGAUUUUACAGUACUUUAAACUUAAUAAUACCGCUCUGUCUCACUUUCCUUUACUAAUGAGUUUUAUUUUUGUUUCAGUUCCCGAUUACUGCAUUAAGAGAAAUCAAAUUAUUGAAAAAAAUAGAACAUAAGAAUGUAGUAAACUUAUUGCUUAUUAGUACCAGUAAUUAUUAUUUGUUACAUUAAUACCUAACCUUCUUAACAGCUCUCCUAUAUUUUUCAAUUGAUGCUUAUGUAUUUUUACAAGAUAAUCUAGAUAGUAGAAAAAUAAGUCGGACAGAAUUUCAUUUGAUAUUCGAAUUCUGUGAACAUGAUUUGGCUGGUUUAUUGGCAAACACUAAUCUGAAAUUCAAUCUAGCAGAAAUUAAGGAUGUAAUUCAACAGUUACUCAAUGGUCUCUACUUCAUUCAUUUGAAUAAAGUACUAAAUACAUUUUAACAUACCUACUCGGACCAAAUAAAUAAUUAUAAUGAAUUGGUGACAAUGUAAAUACGUAAACUAUGUUUUCUUUUUUUUAAGAUUUUACACCGCGAUAUAAAAUCUGCAAAUUUGUUGAUAACGAAAAAUGGUGUACUGAAAAUAGCAGAUUUCGGUCUAGCAAGAGCAUUUAGCGAUGUGAUUGUGAAAAGGAACCACAAGUAUAAAAUUAUUAUAAUUGUACAUUUUAAUGGAUUUUAAAAUUUAGUAGUCUCAUUUAACACUUUUUAAAACUAAACAUGGACUAAUUAAAAUUGUUAUGUUUAUAGAUAUACCAACCGUGUAGUAACAUUAUGGUAUCGCCCUCCAGAGUUGCUCCUUGGUGCUAAUAUUUAUGGUCCGCCCAUAGAUUUAUGGGGCGUUGGAUGUAUUAUGGCCGAAAUGUGGACUCGGUGUCCGAUUUUGCGAGGAAAUUCAGAGCAAUCGCAAUUAUUGGCGAUAACAGAAUUGUGCGGAUCAAUCACGGUAGAUAUAUGGCCCAAAGUCACUGAUUUGAAUUUGUUUAAUACUAUGGAAUUGCCAAUUGGACAGAAACGGAAGGUUGGUCAAUUUUUGUUGAUAUCAGAGAACAUUAAAAAUGUUUAUAUUUUAUUUAUUAAUAGGUAAAAGAGUGUCUAAAACCCUAUGUAGAAGAUCCAAACUGUCUGGACCUAUUGGAUAAACUAUUGACGUUGGACCCGGAUCAAAGAAUUGAUGCCCAUGGUGCUUUAGAUCAUAUUUGUUUUUGGUCAAAGCCUAUGCCGGGUGGUUUAGGUAAUGCAAUCUCUCGAUUACAGACCAGUAAUUACGAAUUCUUGGUUAAACAGCAAAAGUUUGGUAUGGUGAAACAAGGCCCAUCGGCAUUUGCCCCCACAGGCUUACAAGAUCGAAUAUACUAG